AGAAAACAGCUCGGCGCAGCUUGACCAAUGACGACCCCGUUUGUUACGUUGUAGUUUCAGGAAGCUGCCAAGAGGAGGUUGGGGUUGUUAUUGUGAAUGCAUGGUCACGCGGCUGGACUGCAAAUCAGUGGAGAUGUUCCGUCGUGUGCUGGGGAAAACCCUGGGCCUCUUGGGUUACACCAUACAAUACGGCUGCAUAGCGCACUGUGCCUUUGAAUACAUUGGAGAAUUUGUGGUGUGUUCUGGUCCAUCUAUGGAGCCCACGAUUGUAAACCAUGAUAUUGUCUUCUCUGAACGUAUGAGUCGUCAUCUUUGUAAAAUAGAAAAGGGUGACGUAGUAAUAGUAAAAAGUCCAUUUGAUCCACACAUGAACAUUUGUAAAAGGGUUAUUGGAUUGGAGGGUGACAAAAUCUGCACCAGUGGCCCAUUGGAUUUGUUGAAGACCCACACAUAUGUUCCAAUGGGCCAUGUAUGGCUAGAAGGUGAUAACCGUAGGAAUUCCACUGACUCAAGGAACUAUGGCCCAAUUCCAUAUGCCCUCAUCCGAGGUCGUGUUUGCUUAAAGCUCUGGCCGCUGCAUAGUUUUGGCACUCUGAGUGAAAGCCCGACCAAACGCAUCAUUAAAGCUCAGAGUGACUCAAACUCUGAUUGACGCAUCCAAUUGUUUAUUUUCCUGUACUUAGUUUGAAUAAUCUUUUUGAAUAAAACAGCCAUCUAUUAAAUUUG